GCGGCGGCGACAGCCACACGCGGAGCCCCGAUCCCAACCCCCUCCGCGCCAGGCCAUGCCACUUCCCGUGCCGCCCACCGAGCUGGUGCCGUCGGAGCGCGCCGUGGUGCUUCUGUCGUGCGUGCUCUCCGCGCUGGGCUCGGGCCUGCUGAUGGCCACGCACGCCCUGUGGCCCGAGCUGCGCAGCCAGGCGCGGCGCCUGCUGCUCUUCCUGUCACUGGCCGACCUGCUCUCGGCCGCCUCUUACUUCUACGGGGUCCUGCAGGACUUCAAGGACUCCUCGUGGGACUGCGUGCUGCAGGGCGCGCUCUCCACUUUCGCCAACACCAGCUCCUUCUUCUGGACCGUGGCCAUCGCCCUCUACCUGUAUCUCAGCAUCGUGCGCACGGCGCGCGCGCCCGAGACUGGCCGCCUGCUCUGGACUUUCCAUGUCGUCAGCCCCAUGGACUGUGUGUUAGCCUGCCAGGCCCCUCUGUCCAUGGGAUUUCCCAAGCAAGACUACUGGAGCAGGUUGCCAUUUUUCUCCAGGGGUUCGACCCAGGGAUCAAACCCGUGUCUCUGUGUCUCUUGCAUUGCUGGGGGGUUCCGCUGGCCAUCACCGUGGCAGCUGUGGCUCUGAAGAAGAUCGGCUACGACGCCUCGGACGUGUCGGUGGGCUGGUGCUGGAUCAACCUGGAGGCGGAGGACCGGGUGCUGUGGAUGCUGCUGACCGGGAAGCUGUGGGAGCUGCUGGCCUACGUCACUCUGCCCGUGCUCUACCUCCUCAUCCGGAAGCACAUCCGCCGGGCGAGGCUGACACCCGUGAUUGUUCUGGCGACACUGAUAGCUGCCUUUGGGUCGUCCUUCCAGUAUGGGUACAACGUGGCUACUAUUAACUCUCCUUCUGAGUUCAUGAAAGACUUCUACAACUAUACCUACUAUGACAGAGUCGGUGAAUACAUGAACGAGUUCUACUUGACCUUGCUGUGGUCGGUUACUGUGUCCAUGUUUCCCUUCGGAGGCUUCCUCGGCUCUCUCAUGGUCGGCCGCUUGGUGAAUAACCUAGGCAGAAAAGGAACCUUGCUGUUCAACAACAUCUUCUCCAUCGUGCCUGCGCUCUUAAUGGGAUUCAGUGACCUCGCCAAGUCAUUUGAGAUGAUAAUUGUGGCCAGGGUCUUGGUGGGAAUAUGUGCAGGUCUGUCUUCCAAUGUCGUCCCCAUGUACUUAGGGGAGCUGGCCCCUAAGAACUGGAGGGGCGCCCUGGGGGUGGUGCCCCAGCUUUUUAUCACCAUUGGAAUCCUUGUGGCCCAGAUCUUUGGUCUUCGGAGUCUCCUGGCAAACGAAGAAGGCUGGCCCAUCCUCCUCGGAUUGACUGGGAUCCCCGCCGUGCUGCAGCUCCUCUUCCUGCCCUUCUUCCCUGAGAGCCCCAGGUACCUGCUGAUUCAGAAGAAAGAUGAAGAAGCUGCCAAAAGCGCUCUGAGGAGGCUGCGUGGCUGGCACGAUGUGGAUGCGGAGAUAGAGGAGAUCCUGGAGGAGGACAGGGCUGAGAAGGCUGCGGGCUUCAUCUCCGUGCUGAAGCUGUUCAAGAUGAGGUCCCUGCGGUGGCAGGUCAUCUCCAUCAUCGUCCUGAUGGCGGGCCAGCAGCUCUCCGGAGUGAAUGCGAUCUACUACUACGCAGACCAGAUUUACCUGAGCGCCGGGGUGAAAGAGGACGAUGUCCAGUAUGUGACGGCAGGCACUGGUGCUGUCAACGUGCUGAUAACCGUCUGUGCCAUUUUCGUGGUGGAACUUAUGGGAAGGAGAUUCCUGCUCCUGCUGGGCUUCUCUGUCUGUUUCACUGCCUGCUGCGUGCUGACGGGUGCCUUGGCUAUGCAGGACGUGAUAUCCUGGAUGCCCUACGUCAGCAUCGCCUGUGUCAUCUCCUACGUCAUAGGGCAUGCCCUUGGGCCCAGUCCCAUCCCCGCACUGCUCGUCACUGAGAUCUUCCUGCAGUCCUCCCGGCCAGCUGCCUACAUGGUGGCGGGUACUGUUCACUGGCUCUCCAACUUCACUGUGGGCUUGGUCUUCCCAUUCAUCCAAGUGGGCCUUGGAGCUUACAGUUUCGUCAUUUUUGCUGUGAUAUGUUUUCUCACCACCGUCUACAUCUUCCUGAUCAUCCCUGAAACCAAGUCCAAGACCUUCAUAGAAAUCAAUCAGAUCUUCAUCAAGAUGAACAAAGUGCCAGGGGUGCACCCAGAAAAGGAGGAGCUAAAGGAGUUUCCACCCUCGACUGCAAGGCAGUAACUUGAGAGGAGGAGCCCAUCAGUAGGAUCUGUGCAGACCUUCUCUCCUACUCUAUGAAUCCAGAAUAAGGACAAGUCCAGCAUGGAAUGCAGGCACUGCUGGGACUGUCCAAAGGGCUUCUGUGCAGUUCUUAAAGCCAGGCUGUCUCUUUCUAGAUUGACCUAUCACCAACCCUGACACAUGGUGGGCAGCUGUCC